GCGCAGCCCGAGCCAACAUGGCGGCGGCGGCGGGCGCAGGGGCCGCCGCGCUGGGCGCUGCCCGCCUUUAGGGGCCGCCGGACAGCCCGGGAACAGCCGCCGAGCCCCGCCGCGUCCGACAUGAGGGAGAAAAGCCGCAGGAAGAAGGGCAGGACCUGGGCAGAGGCCGCCCGCACGGUCCUGGAGAAAUAUCCCAACACACCCAUGAGCCAUAAAGAGAUCCUUCAAGUGAUCCAGAAAGAAGGACUGAAGGAAAUCAGUGGCACCUCCCCCCUGGCCUGCCUCAAUGCCAUGCUGCACACCAACUCCCGGGGAGAGGAGGGCAUCUUCUACAAGGUCCCAGGACGGAUGGGGGUCUACACCCUGAAGAAGGACAUCCCAGAUGGGCUGAAGGAGCUGUCAGAGGGCUCUGAGGAGAGCAGUGAUGGCCACUCAGACUCGCCGAGCUCGGAGCACAGCAGCUCCAGCAGCGACGGCUGCGCCACCAAGGAGGGCAAGAGGAGCAGGUGGAAAAGGAAAGUCUCGUCCCGCCUGGCCCCCACGGGCUCCCCCCAGGCUGCCUGUCCCUCCCCAUCCAUCCCAGGCAAGGGCCUCUCCUCCUCCCAGAAGCACAGCAAGAAAGCUCUCAAACAGGCCCUGAAGCAGCAGCAGCAGAAGCAGCAGCAGCAGCAGCAGUGCCGGGCAGGGAUGGCCCCAGGGAUGGCCCCAGGGAUGGCUCUGCCCUCCAGCCAGCACGUGCUGCUCAAGGCCAAGGCCAGCACAGCCAGCAAGCCAGGCUGGGAAGGGAAGCAGGCAGAUGGACAUUCCAGCAGCCCCCCAAACUCCACAUCCAGCUCCUGCCCCUCGGUGAAGCUGGAGAACUCCCUGCCAGGGCUGCCCAAGAAGCCCUUCCCGAGGUCUGACAGGCUCCAUGCACGGCAGCUGAAGAGAGCGCGCUGCGCCGACAUCGACGUGGAGACGCCCGACUCCAUCCUGGUGAACACCAACCUGAGGGCCCUGAUCAACAAGCACACCUUCAGCCUGCUGCCCCCCGAGUGCCAGCAGCGCCUGCUGCUGCUGCUGCCCGACGUGGACAGGCAGGUUGGGGCUGACGGGCUGAUGAAGCUCAGCAGCUCUGCUCUCAACAAUGAGUUCUUCACAUCAGCUGCACAGGGCUGGAAGGAGAGGCUGUCAGAAGGAGAGUUCACCCCAGAGAUGCAGCUGCGGAUCCGGCAGGAGCUGGAGAAGGAGAAGAAGGUGGAGCUGUGGAAGGAGCACUUCUUUGAGAGCUACUAUGGGCAGAGCUCUGGGCUGAGCCCCGAGGAGUCGCGGCUGCUGACAGCCCAGCCCGAGGCAGAGCCCGCCCGGCCCCGCAGCCCCCCGGCCCCGCCCCGGGGGCAGGGCACGGCACAGCCCGGCCCGGGGCCAGCGGCCAGCAGGGGAGCAGCCCAGGAGGCCGGAGAGCAGCCCAGGGCAGCCAGGGGCAGCGAGGAGCCCCAGCCCAGGCCGGCCAGGGGCAGCGAGGCGUCCCCGGAGCGGCGCACGGCGAGACCCCCCGGAGAGACCCUGCCCCAAAAAGCCCUGGGUGGCAGCAGGCAGCAGCCAGAGGAGCAGAGCAAGGCUGGGCCAGCCAAGGAGAGCCUGGGUGCCCCCAGCAAACCAAAGAGCCCCCAGGCAGCUGAAGGAGCGGCCAAGGCACCCAGCCCCGCGGCCACCCCGGGCACGGCGGAGAGGAAAGCCCAGCCCAUGGAGGUCGGAGUGGAGGCCCCCAAGAGGAAGGUGGAGAGCAGGGAGGAGGCUCCAGGCACCCCUGAGAAGAAGCCCCGUGUGUCAGAGCCCUGCCAGCAGCAGCAGCAGCAGCAGCAGCAGCAGCAGCAGCAGCAGCAGCCCCAGGCCUUUCGGAAGCAGCCCUUUCCUGGCACGGGGCCGGCGGUGCCGCGGGUGCCCCCGCUCAAGAUCCCCGUGUCCCGGAUCUCGCCGAUGCCCUUUCCCGCGGGCCCGCGCUGCCCGCUGUCCCUCGGCCCCGCCGCCAGGACCGGGGCCAGGACCCUGGCGGACAUCAAGGCCCGGGCGCAGCAGGCCAAGGCUCAGCGGGCAGCGGCCGCCGCCGCCGCCGCCGGGGGAGCCGUGCCGGGCCCGGGCCCGGGCGGGGGCGGGGGGAGACCCCCGGGCACCCCUGGAGGCGGGGGAGGUGCCGGAGGGUUCCUGCCCCACGCCCCCCAGGCGGAGAGGCGGGCGGAGCCGGGAGCUGCUCGCCGUCCUGCUGGAGCACAGCUACAGCCUGCGGCCCCUCUGGCUGCCCCGGCCGUAGGGAAUGGCACCGGGGCCGCCGCCAGCGGGGACAGGGCGGGGACAGCCCCUCCUGCCCCGGCCCGCGGGGAGCCUGCGGCUGGGAACGGGGCUGGCUGUGGCACAGUGACCCCAGGAGCAUCCACGGUGACACCAGGGACAGCCACGGUGACACCAGGGACAGCCACAGUGACCCCAGGAGCAUCCACGGUGACACCAGGGACAGCCACGGUGACCCCAGGGACAGCCAUGGUGACCCCAGGGACAGCCACAGGGACCCCUGGAACAGCCAUGGUGACCUCAGGAACAUCCACUGUGCCACCAGGAACAGCCACGGUGACACCAGGAACAUCCGUGGUGACUCCAGCAACACCCACAGUGACACCAGGAGCACCCACGGUGACACCAGCAACACCCACAGUGACACCAGGAGCACCCACGGUGACACCAGGAGCACCCACGGCGACCCCAGGGACGGGCACGGCCGCAGCAGGGACGGGCUGUGACCUUUCCAAAAGCCAAUCUCCCUCCCCCCCGGGCUGCUCCCUGCCCCCCGCGGCCCCGGCCGGAGCUGGGGCUGUGCCCGUGGCAGCCUCCAGCAGCUCCUCGGUCGCAGCCAGCCUUAAAUCCGCUCCCGGCGGGGCCGCGGCCAGGGCGAGCUCCAGCAUUCCUGCCAACAACCCUUUGGUGACGCAGCUGCUGCAAGGCAAGAGCGUGCCCCUGGAGCAGAUCCUGCCGCGGGCGCUCAGCAGGGCAGAGCUGCGAGCCGUGCCCGGGGCCGCUCCCGAGGAGCAGGGGCCGGCCGGGAGCGGGGCCGGGACCGUGCCCCCGCAGCAGCUCGGGAGGCUCCUGUGCCACAGCAGGCCCGCGCCUCCCGUGCCAAGGACCGCGCUGCCCGCGGGGAGGGAGCCCGGUGCUGAGCAGCAGCAGCAGCAGCAGCAGUGCCACGAGGCGCUGAGCAAAUCCACGCAGGAGCAGAUCCUGCAGACCCUCAUCCAGAGGGUGCAGAGGCAGAACGUGCUGCCCGUCCCUCAGCCCUCGCAGCUGAGCCUCCCGCACUCAGGUUUCCCCGCGGAGAGCGGCUGCAGCAGCCAGAGGUUCAUGCUGGGCUUCACGGGCAGGAGGACAUGCAGGCCCGCCAUGUCCGGCCACUACCUGCUCAACGUGUCCACCUACGGGCGCGGCUCGGAGAGCCUGAGGAGGGGCUCCCUGGGGCUGAGCAGCCCCGCCGGGGGCGCCCGGGCGGAGCCGGGGCGCUGCGGGGACACGGGCGGCAGCAGCGACGGGGACACGGAUGAGGAGAGCUGCGGGGACGAGCGGGAGCCGCGGGCGGGGCCGGGGGAGCGGGAGCGGGGAUCGCCCGGGCCUGCAGAGCCCGGCUGCCCGGGGAGCAGGGACAGGGCGCCGGAGCUGGCCCGGGACCUGCUGCAGGCGGCGCAGGAGCAGAUGGCCCAGGCCGUGCGGGGCAAGGGCCAGGGCAGCGCGGAGCCCCCCAGCCCCUCCCCAGAGCCGGCGCAGCCCCCGCUGCUGCCCGCCCCGCGCCCCCCCAAGCUGCUGGGGCCCAGCUACAGCGGCACCAUCAACGUCUCCACCUCGCCCGGCGUGGGCCAGGCCUCGCUGGUGGGCGAGAGCGGCUCCAUGGGCAACGUCAUGUCCUUCUCGGUGACCGUCACCGCCAUCCCCGCCGGGCAGGCCGGCAGCUCCGGGCCGGGCCUGGCGGUGCCGCCGUUCGCCGAGGACGGCGCGGCGGAGGAGCCGCCCGCCAAGUGCUACUGCAGGUUGAAAGCCAUGAUCAUGUGCCAGGGCUGCGGCGCCUUCUGCCACGACGACUGCAUCGGGCCCUCCAAGCUGUGCGUGUCCUGCCUGGUGGUGCGGUAGCGGAGCAGCCGCAGCUGCUGCCCUGCGCGGGGACACCGAGGAGUGCAGAGCUGCGAUGCUUUCCUUGAGGAAAGAGCACCUUGUACAGGGAGGCGGCACCGCGCCCGAGGCGCCAGUCGUGACAAGAGUUUGCACUUAAGGAGUUCUGUAAAUGCGCCACGUUAUUUUGUUUAAAGAUAUUUUUGCAGUCUUUUAGGAGAUAGUGUUUGACUUGUGCUGCAGUUCCAGUGACCCCAGCCUGCUCUGAGCACGUUUGCUGGGCUCUGCUCUCCCCGGGGGGAUCCAGCUCGUCAGACAUCUCCCGUUUCUAUCCAAGAUUUUCUAUUUCCUGCGUGUGGGGAAAGGCAAAUCAGUGUCUGCCUGGGCCGGGCUGGGUGGCUCUUUGUGUUUGAAAUACCAAAUGGGGCUGAGCUCAGCUCAGGCUGGGCCCAGCCGAGGGAGGGGUGCUGGGGCAGCCCACCUGUGCUCCCUGCCGGUUCCUGAUUCCUUCCCUUGCACUGAAGGAAAUCAAAGCACAGUGUUCCCGUGCUCUGGGAGCUGAUGGAGCACCAGUCACUCGAGGGCUGUUCCCCUCCUGGGGCGGGCGGGGGCCGUGCUGCAUCCUGCUCAGGGAACAGAGCUAUGUAUGUUUUUGAUGGAAAAGCACUGAAUUCACUUUUAAUCCAAAGGCCUUUUUAAGCUGAAGCAAUAUUCCCACAGCUGAGUGGUGCACGGGGUCCUCAGCCUUCCCUGCCCCUCUCCUUUGUACUACUGCUCCCCUCCCCUUCUCCCCAGGAGCCCAGCACCGGUGGUGAGCAGCAGAAAGAAUUCCCUGGGUGAUUUCCCAAGGGACUGCCAGAGCUCCAGGAGCCUUUGGGCAACACUCUCAGGCACAGGGAGGAUUGUUGGGUCAGGAGUUGGACUGGAGGAUCCCUGUGGAUCCUUUCCAGCACAGGAUAUUCCGUGACUCUCUGAUUUUUGUGGUGAUGACAAGGAAGAGGGAGUUGCAGACUUGAUUGAUGGUAGCAGGAGCAUUUCCUUCCCUGCCUCAGGAGCUGCAGCAUCACCUGCUCUGGGUUCUGCCAUCUGAAAUUUACUGCAGAGCAGUGACCCCCCACUCUUGUGAUUCCACACCACUGCUCGAGCACCCCCUGGUGAGGAGGAUUUAGGGGUUAGAAAUUAACUCCAUUUUUUAAAUCUAAAGAAUUGCACAGAAUUGUCCCCACGAGCAUCUCACACCCGUGGGGGGCGUGUGGUAGCCCAGGAGCCCCAGCCUGUGCCUGUUCCUGCCGCUUCCCACUGCCAGCUCUUGGGGAAGAGGAAAUCCUGCAUUUUUGUAAAGCUGGGCUGGUUUGGAUGAGAGCAGGAGCUGUCCACUGCUCCCAUGUAGACAGAGGGAAGCUCCUUGCCCCAGUCCUGGGCUGCCACUUCCAUUCCUGGAGGCCCCGGGCUGGCACUGGCCAGGGCAGGACGGUGCAGGUGCCUCGGGAGUUCUCACUGUCAGUGCCUUAGUUCCCUUUCAUGGACCAACACUUGGCUUGGGCUACUUUUCUUCUGUUUCUUUUUAAGAAAUGGAUUCUCUCAGUGCCCACCUGAGGUUUGAGCAUCUCCAAGGGUGAGCAGAGGGCACUGGUGUGAGGAGAUGGCUCAGGAUAACGGGCUGGGUGUAAUAAUCCCUGGAAUAGGGAUAAGCCCUGAAGUUUCACUAGUGCUGCAGCUGGGUGUGGGGUGAGGGGUUUCAGAGGGGGAUCCCAUGGAGUUCUGGGCUGGGAUCAGCCUGUCCCACUGCUGAGGCUCCUUCCCACAUCCUCCACAUGGGAUUUGUAAUAAAGGGAUGUCGUGACAUUUAGACCAUCAGACUUUGGUCCCCCAGGGAUGAAUUUAACAGCACUGCAGGGAAUGGCAGCAUCAAAAAUCCAGGAUUUCCAAAGCCUGAUGUCAGAGUGUUUGUGCAGGGAAAGGAGCCUGGUGAGGGAGGAGGUUUCAGUUUCUCUUUUCAGGACACAGAACUGGAAUUAGAGCCCAAUUCCCAUCCCCAAACCCCACAGACAGGAGGUGCCAGCACCCCUCUGCAGGUUCAUGUUUUGAGCCAGGUGGGCAGCAAGGGAAGGAAUUUGGUGUGGAGUUUUACUUUCCCUCUGGGAAUUUACAGGAAAAGAGGAGGUUCCAAGCAGUUGCACUGGUUGGGGAGGUGGAUUUAUUUUUAUUUUUGGUUGCACAAAACAGCUGCUGGAGCAGCAGAUCCUGGGUCAGGUUGUUCCUGGGAGGGUGGAUUUGGAGAGGUUUUAGGGCUCCUCUGCCGUGUGAGCCAUGGGAGGCUCUGGAGAGCAGGGCCUGUGCUUUCCCACAGCAGGAAUGUGGGAGGCUGCAGAUGUGGCAGGAUCACUUUGAUUAGCACAGAUAAUUAAUUGCAGGGGUGGGCAGAGUCCUGGCUGCCGGCUUGUUUUUAAUGCUAACGUUUGCUGGACGUGCAGAGCGAGUGGGAGAGCUUACAGUAAUAUAUUUGAAGUAAUAUAUAUUUUAGUGUGUGAGAAGAGAGGACAAAGGAGGGUUCUGAGGUGUGACAGGGUACCGGGGCAGUUCCUCGGGGUUACUGCAGCACAGCUGAGAAGCUUCAGUUCCUGCCAUUAAUGCAAUAAAAAUGGGAAUUUUCACAAAGAAGCAAUCCAAUCCUGUUUCCCAGAGGCUUUUCCUGUGUGGACAACAGGCCUGUAAACACAGUUCCAAAAAUCCUAAACCUUUGUCUUUUUGCCUUUUUAAAAGGGACUUCGAUUGGGCUUGAGGGUCUGUACAGCAAAAUCGAGGUGACACCAUUUGAAAAUGUAUUUUUACACAAAUAAUAUAGAAAAAAAUCAUAUUUUACAUAAGAAUUUUAAGUAUUUGAAAUAUGUGUAUAUAUAUAUACUGUAUGUACUUCGUAUAUUCUUUAUUUUACAUUUUCAAUGUAUUAAAAAGUAUUUGAGCUGG